AUGAGCAGUGAAAAGAGCGCAGAGGUGGUGGGCUGCGAUGCCUCCAUCAUGAGAAACGUGUGGGAGAUCAGAGCCAGAGACUACGACCAGAGGAGGCAGCUGGAGCUGCAGCGGGUGGAGAAGAGUGCUCUGCCCGUCAUAAACCAGGACUGGGCAAACCGCCUGUCUGCCAGAGAUGGCGGGUACAAAAGGCAGGAGAGGAAACCUAAACCUCCAGAGGCUCAGCCAGACGCUAAUGUGUGGAAAAGCAAACCCUCAGCUCCCCGUGUUGCUACUCGUGGUGUGGGUUCAGGGGCGCCCGGCAAGCCAGGAGUCCAAAGCAGAGGUUUCUCCGCUCCAACUACAACUUACAAAAAAGGGCAGGAAAAAACAGUUCAAGACAGGAGUCUUAACAAAAUGCAGCUACUUAUGUUCUUGAACCAAACUAAACCCUCACCUGCAAAUUGGGGAAAGGCAUGGAAGUACAACAAAUCCUUACCAGCCCCUACAGAGGGCACCGUGGUUGGCCCAGAAUGGGGCCACUGCUGGAUGUUUGCCCCCCAGCAACCUUCCUUUGAAGCAGGUAAGUCUUGGCCAGACAACCCAGACACGUUGGAUCGCCACAGCCUUCACCUCUGGACAAAGCCUGAACACAAGAUGGUGGAGUCCCAGCAGCUCGACUUCCAUCGUCCAGCUGAAGAAUGGCAAAUGUCCUGGCAAAGACCUGAGGAAAUGAAAAAGGCUGGAUCUGCUGAUGGGGAGAAUGGCCGGAAAUCUGGAUUCCAGCGCCACAAUGAAGCCCUUUCUUCAUCAGAGUGGGUUGACUCAUUUCACUCCACCAAGCCCGCAAAUCAGUCAGAUCAAGGUUUUAUAAAAGAGUCUUCGAAUAAGAUGCAGGAUAAGGAUAGAGAGAUGAAUCCCGAAUGGGAAGAAUGUUGGAAGCUUGUGAACCAUCAUGGUGGUAAUAAUUUCAAGCAGCAGUUUCAGAAAGCUCAGACUCUUGAGUGGGCCAGUUCAUGGAGAGCAGCUACAGCGAACCUCAACCAUCAAAAUACAUCCAACCACGGCUCUGGCCACGAUGAUCAUGGCCAGCAGAAAGAGUCCCAGCACACACUCAUCGGUGUGUCUCUCAUGCGUCACCACAGAGAUAUGCACAUGCAGCUCUGCCAAGGAUUCGAAACCCCCACUGAGUGGAACCACUCAUGGCAGCUUACAAAAAAUAACUCAAAGCCAUGUGAGGAGAUCAAUAAAGUCCUGAAGGCCCCACCACCAAAGAUGGACUCUGCUAAAGAGGGGCAAAAAGAGCAUUCCGCAACAGAGAAACCAGAUCCGCGUUAUGAACAACUCAAACAUGAUGUUAUUUAUCAGACAAAGAGAGAAUUCCCAGAGUCAAAGAUGCUUCUUUUCAAGCAAAUGCAAAAAAUGUUGCCUUUGUCUGAAUGGAAGGACUCUUGGAAGAUAUUAAAGCAUAGAAUGAGAAUGGAGAGGAGAAGAUAUAGGGUAAAUCCUUUGGAGUCAUUUAGAGAGUCCGAAAAUAAGGACACAAAAUUCAAUUCUUCAGAGUGGAAGGACUCAUGGAAACACAGCUGUAAGCCUUUAAAUCAGGAGCCUGACUUGUGGCAACAGGGUUGGUCAACAACACCACAAAUUCGUGUGAACUGGGAGCGGAACCAGAAUGAAUUUGAGCCAGAGCAAUUUCCCAAGAAUGGACCAACUAGUAGACAAAUUUGGGCAGAGUCCUGGAGGUUCUCAAGACGCCAGCAUCGGUCAGAGCCUGGACAAGAGAGAGAACAAUUCAGCCAAGGAAAAUCCGGUGAGCCUUCCCAUCAUCAUCAUUACUCAAAGGAACGAGAACAGUAUACUAGAUCUAUAUCUGACUGGCAUGAAGCCUGGAUGGUGUCUGAAACCCAGUUCCGUCAUGAUAGACCUUCUUUACUUCAAUGGAGGGAAGCCUGGAGGUGUUGCAUCUACCACACUUUGCACUGGACCGAUCACGUUCCAAGAAACAAGUGGGUGAAUCAAUCAGCAGAGAUCCAACAUCCAACAAAGUGGAUUUAUAGGCGAAAAGCUAAAAUGAGCACCUCUUUCGACAAUGAGGUGUUCAGGCAAAGAUACCCUGAGAAAGAGUGGAGGUCUUCAUGGAGCGCUGAGUCACUUCUAGAGCACCAACCAAGUUUUUAUGGAUCUGUAGGCACAACUGGGCAAACUAAAGGCGGCAGCGCCAAGCAGACUAAUCCCUUUGCAAGUGAGUAUAAAUCAAAGUGGGGAAGGUCAUUUAGGCUUGCAAAUCCCAUGCCCAGCCUGGAUCAGCCUUGGGUGGAGUCCGGUCCCAAUCCUGUUUCCUAUGCAGUGUGGUCAAGAGGAAUGAGACAAAGAAACAUCCAAUUCAAUUUCAGCGACACCACUCUCUCAACCAAACUAUGGGCCAACUCCUAUUGCUUCCUGCAGGGCAGCGGUUCACGCAGUGGAAACAAAGCUAAGUCUAUGGGGCCCAGUGACCCAAGAGUGAUUUCGGUGAAAAAGAUCCAAACAAGGAAGCAUUUGUACUCCGACAUGGAGAAGGAGAAGCAAGUUGACAAGAAGUGGGCGGGAUGCCACCUAUUAGGGAAGACUCAACCUCGCCCCAAGAAAGGCCGCGGUAAGCAGCCCACACCUGAGGACAACGGCAACGACAAGUUGUAUGACGAAUGGGUCGUAUCUUGGAAGUUCCUGGUCCGGCCUCAAAAUCUGAGAAAGCAAAUGGCCUUUAAGGCACUCUUAGGAUGGGGGGAGUCAUGGAAGUUUCUCUUUCCACCAUAUGCGCCCGUGUUAGAUGUUAAAGGUAAAUCAAAAGCAUAG